AUGGCUGCCAUCACCUGCUCGUUCGCCCGUAUCCACGACACGAACCUGAAGAAGCAGGGCAUGCUCGCGCUCACGUUCGCCGACUCCGAGGACUACGAGAAGCCCAGUGACGGAUCCAAGGAGGAGCUCUCGCUCACGAACAGCCUCCACGACGGAAUCAUCGAACCCGACGGUGACGAUCCUUGUUCAUUCACGAGUCCCUACGCGACGCCGCGCACCGCCUCGACCACACUGCGCGUCGAGCCGCGCUCGCCGUACCUCAAGCUCGGCAUCUUCUCGAUGCUCGCAAGCGCAUUCAGCCGAAUGGACGGGCGACAAUUUAUUCGGACUUUGUGA